AUGUCAAAAGAAGCUGAAAUGUCCAUCGCUGUAUCGGCCUUGUUCCCUGGAUUCAGAUUCUGUCCGACGGACGUUGAACUCAUCUCUUAUUACCUCCGCCGUAAAAUCGACGGCGACGAAAACUCCGUAGCCGUUAUUGCUGAAGUCGAGAUUUACAAGUUCGAGCCAUGGGACUUGCCAGAGGAAUCGAAACUGAAAGCAGAGAACGAGUGGUUUUACUUCUGCGCAAGAGGAAGGAAAUACCCGCACGGGUCACAGAGCCGGCGAGCCACACAGCUCGGAUACUGGAAAGCCACUGGUAAAGAGCGAAGUGUGAAGUCAGGGAACCAAAUUGUUGGAACCAAGAGAACUCUUGUCUUUCACAUCGGUCGGGCUCCUCGUGGCGAGAGAACAGAGUGGAUUAUGCAUGAAUAUUGCAUCAAUGGCGCACCACAAGACGCAUUAGUGGUGUGCCGGUUAAGGAAAAAUGCCGAUUUCCGAGCUAGUUCGAGCCAAAGACAAAUGGAGGACGGUCUUGUGCAAGAUGAUGACUACGUUGGACAGACUGGUGCUUCGGAGAAGGACAAUAAAUCCUGUUCGGUUAAUGAACCUGAGCUUCAGAUUCCAAAUGGUGACAUCACGGAAUCAUCAAAUGUUGUUGAGGAUCAGGCCGACACCGAUGAUGAUUGUUACGCUGAAAUUCUGAACGAUGAUAUAAUAAAUCUUGACGAGGAGGCAUUGAAAGCUAGCCAAGCAUUUCGACCAAAUAAUCCAACUCAACAAGAAAAAAUAUUCAGCGAUGCAUCAUCGAGUAAGAGGUCAGAAUGUGGUAUAACGAAAGAAUCAAAGCAAACAAUGAAUUGCUACGCAUUGUUCAGGAUCAAGAACGUCACCGACGCUUCCUCGAACUGGGGAGUCCCCUAUCCGUUCCGCAUCAAGACAGAUGAUAGCAAGAGAUUGAUGAAAAAUGUUCUGGCUACGACUACUUUAUUAGCUAUCUUUAUUUCUGUUCUCUUUACUGUCUUAACAACUAGGGACUAUAAUUAG